CCCCGCCAUGUGAGCGCGGCGGGGGAACGGAGCCGGCCAUGGCCGGGGCGGGCCCGGGCCCGGACCCCCGCUCCUCGUCGUCCUCCUCGUCGUCGUCGUCGUCGUCGUACCGUGCGCUGCUCAGGGCCGUGUCCAGCCUGUCCCGCGUGGACGACUUCCACUGCGCCGAGAAGAUCGGGGCCGGCUUCUUCUCCGACGUCUACAAGGUGCGGCACCGCCAGUCCGGGCAGAUCCUGGUGCUGAAGAUGAACAAGAUGCCCAGUAACCGCGGCAACAUGCUGCGGGAGGUGCAGCUCAUGAACCAGCUGAGGCACCCCAACAUCCUGAGGUUCAUGGGAGUUUGCGUGCACCAGGGACAGCUGCACGCCCUGACGGAGUAUAUGAACGGGGGGACCCUGGAGCAGCUGCUGGGCUCGCCGGAACCCCUGGCCUGGCCCGUGCGGCUUCACCUGGCCCUAGACAUCGCCCGGGGCCUCCGCUACUUGCACGCCACGGGCGUCUUCCACCGCGACCUCACCUCCAAGAACUGCCUGGUGCGGCGGGAGGAGCGGGGAUUCACAGCCGUGGUGGGCGACUUCGGGCUGGCCGAGAAGAUCCCCGUCUACCGGGAGGGGGUGCAGAAGGAGCCCUUGGCGGUGGUGGGCUCCCCGUAUUGGAUGGCGCCUGAGGUGCUGCGGGGGGAACUGUACGAUGAGAAGGCGGAUGUCUUUGCCUUUGGGAUCAUCCUGGGCGAGCUCAUCGCCCGAGUCCCCGCUGACCCCGACUACCUGCCUCGGACAGAAGACUUCGGUCUGGAUGUUGCCGCCUUCCAAGCCCUGGUCGGGGAAGACUGCCCCCGACCCUUCCUCCUCCUCGCCAUCCACUGCUGCAGCAUGGAGCCCAGGGCCCGGGCCCCUUUCACCGAGAUCACCCAGCGCCUGGAGCAGAUCCUGGAGCAGCAUCCGGGCCGGCCCCAGCCAUCUCCCCACCGGACAGGCCCUCAUCUGCUUCCUGGGAUGGAGGAGACACCACCCCUCGCUGGGGAGCCGGGAGCCUGGCAGAGCAAGGCCCGGCCGUGCCCGAGGCCUCCGGCGUGCAGAGGAAGGUUGACGCCGCGCGCCGAUCCCUCCGCCCCGUGGCUGCUGCCGCCCCCUCCGCCCCCGGACCUCCGCCUCUCCCGCAGCCGCUCGGACCUGCUCCUGCCGCCGGCCCCCGCGCCGCCGGCCCGGGGCCGCAGGGACACCCUGCCCCGCGUCAACCCCUUCUCACGGCGCGAGGACCUCAGAGGGGGCAAAAUUAAACUCCUGGACACACCCAGCAAGCCCGUCGUCUCCCUGACGCUUGACCACCUACCGCUUCCGGCUGCCUGUCCUCCUCCAGUUGCCCCCGGACCCCCGGACCCCCUUCCUUGCGUCCCCCCGCAGCCCGUGGCCUCCACCCGCCGCUGCUCCUCCCUGCCCACCUCCCCGAAGCUUCCCCAGCACCCGGAGCCCGCCCGGACCCCGCCCGGACCUCCGGCCGAGCCCUCGCCCGACGACCAGCCGGGUGGCGGGCCCGUGGCGGGGUCGCCGCGCCCGCCGCCCGCGUCCCCGGCUCCGGCCGUCGGCCGUCUCAUCAGCACGUGCUCCUCCUCGGCCUCCCGGCCUCCCUCCGGGCCGGAGCCCCCGCGGGGGCUGCUCCCGAGCGGCCGGGCCCCCGCGGCCGUAGUGAACUCGCCGGCGGCCGGCUGGGGUGGGCAGCCUUGGGGGCGGGCCCAGCGCAGCCUGCCCCGGGCCUUGGCGCUGGAGCAGACGGAGCUGCCGCCCCCACCUCCGCCACCCGCCGGGGCCGUCCCUCCCCGGGAGCCGGAGGAGGGGUUGGUCUGCCCCAGCUGCUGCCUCGGCCCCUUCAGCUUCGGUUUCCUGUCGGUGUGCCCACGCCCUGCACCUGGCGUCGCCCGCUAUCACAACCUUAACUGUGAGGCCGGCGGCCUCCUCUGCCACCGCAGGCAUCACUCCAAGCCCCCCACCCCCAGCCUCCACCUUCCCGGGGCCCGCUCCUAGCGGCGUGGGGGCCGAGGCCGGACCCGGGCCUCCGGGCCCCGGCCUUAGCCCGGCGGCACUGAGGCCGUCGCGCCGGGGCCUGGGCCCGCCCUGGGGCGGGGGGAGGCCGAGCCAGCGCCGUGGCCCCUCGAGCGCCGGGGACGGGGGGUGGAAACUGAGGCCCCGGAUCCCGUCCCGUUUCUCUCCCCACCCUGAGCCGGCCGCCCCGAGGUGGACGGGGCGACCGACGCGCCGAGGAGCGGAAGCGGGACUCGGACUUACGCGACGUAUUUAAAAGGUUUCAAUAAAUCUGCCUGGCUGGCUCCGGGCUGCC